UUCUACUCGUUGUAAAUAAUCGACUACAUAUAAUUUUCCCUUGUGAGCAAUAAUACUUUGAAAAAUGUCUGUAAUUAAAUUCAUUAAAGAAGCAUUUCUUAAAGAUAAAACCUUCCACAACAAAUGGAGGGAAAUAUUUACGGAAAUUUUGAGCGACGAAAAAAUUGCCGAAUUCGGGACCUGGGAGCAAAGCCUUAUAGCAGGGUCUAUGACCUUGGAACACCUCUACCAAAAAUUGCUAGACCAUGCGACAAGCGAACGUGGGGAGGCUCAUAUGUUGGGCUUGCUCAAGGAGACUCUUAAAAAGUCGAAUUGUUUACAAAUUUAUGGGUCUGUGCAAUCCUAUCAAGGACACUCUUAUCCAUAUUGGGUCAAUAUAAAUAAUGGCAUAAAUCCAUUUUACGGUCGAGACAAACAAAUUUCUAAACUGCUCAGGAUUUAUUUUAAACCUACGUCAGGCGAAAUAGUAACACUGUGUGGAUUACCAGGAAUGGGAAAAACGGAACUAGUUAAACAAUUUCUUCAUAAUGAACAAAUAAAAAACAAAGUACCAUGCAUAUGGAUCGGCACAGACUCAUUGCCCCGAUUUAAGCAAGAUUUAGCAAACGUGGCAGAGAGCUAUCUUCCCAACCUCACACUAGACUUUAACAAGGGGGAUCCUGGAUCAUUGUUAGUAACAAUUGCAAUUCAUAUUGGCAAAAGUACCAAUCAAAAAUGGAUUCUGAUUUUGGACGGAUGCACAGCUGAUACUGUCGCACCUAGUAUUUUGGAAAACUUAGUGGAUUCAAAGGCUAUGGUCAUACUGACUUGCCUCGAUAGAAAUUUAUACUUUAUUCAAAGGAGCCACUUGAUUGACGUCACAGAACUUGACGAAGAAUCAGCUCUAAAGUUUGUGAAAUACUAUUUGAAGUUAGAAACUGAGGCAUCCAUGCGACAGCUGUGCCAGUUUGUCAAUAACUACCCGUUAGCUUUGGAAAAGGUUACCUUUUACUUGAAGUACAAACAGAUUCAUUAUGUGUCAAAGGACACUAUUCAUGACUACAUUGAAGAAUGCAAAUCAAGGUCGGAAACCUUGAUUUCUAUAGAAUUCGCCCAAUUUAGUGGGUCUAAGUACGGGAAAACAAUACAAGAAACUUUAGCGACCACAAUUGAUCGAGUUCAAGCGCAAAGUAAUACUGCGGAUGGAAAGAACGGAUAUUCGUUCAAGUUGCUACAAAUUAUUGCAUUUCUUGGACCAGAUCAUGUCGAUUUAAAAUUUUUGAGGCAGGCAUUCACAUGCUGGGAAUUAUCCUUUGAUGAUACAGUUUUUCAGGACAGUUUAAACUUCUUGAAUGCACUGUGUUUAAUAAAAUGCGAAGCAGAAAUCGGCCUGCAAAUGAAUACUACGGUUCAACAGGUAGUAAGAUAUCUUAAGCCAAUAGACAGCCAAACCUUGCACAACAUACUUAUAAAACUAGAAACUAAAUGCGAAUCUGUAUCGGAGAUUAGACAUUUUCUUUGUAUUUGGGAACAUGCAAUGAAAGAGAAGGCUAUCUGCUUAAAGUUGAUUGUUAUGGCUCCACAAAUAUCAAAACGCUUAGAUCAGUGCUGCAUGUACUCUGAGAGCUUGUGGUUUGCGCAACGCACAAUAAAUAACUUAUGCGAAAGCGAGAGUUCACAAAAUUCGGAACUGCUGUUGGAAAUGAAGACCAAUUAUGGCCUAGCCUUACGGCGAGUUGGAAAAGGAGAAGAAGCUAUAGCGUUAUUCACUGAAAUUAUCAAUGCUCAUAAACCAUACGACGAACCCUCUGACAUACCAUCCGACAAACCAAUCGAAGGCAUCUUAAAAAUACAACAGCAUCUGGCCAACUCGUAUUAUACAAUACAGAAAUUUGAUGAAGCCCUAGAUCUUUACGAGCAAGUUCUCGUCGGAAAAAUUAAAAUCUAUGGGGAGAAUAGUAGAGAAGUUAAUCAAUGUCAUUCAAACAUUGCCGGUGCACUAAUUGGCAUCAAACGAUUUUACGAUGCGGAAGUCAAACUUAAGGGGGUACUCAACUGGCAGAAAAGAAACAAUAUGCCCGAGGAUGCCCUGAGAGUAACACAUUCAUUAGGAUAUUGUUAUUACAAAACUAAAAACUAUGCCCAAGCAAAAAAUCAAUUUGAAGUGGUUCUUCGUCAGCCGGACGAUCGACUGCAAGCUAACGCCGCUAAAAGACUGAUCACAGGGUAUAUGUUGGGGAGGACACUUUUUCAUUUGAAUGAGAAAAACUUGGCGGUAAAAACGCUGGAAGAAAUCUUCCAAAAACAAGUAAACCUUAUUGGCGCGGACAACCAAGAUACGCUAGAUACAAAGAAGAAGAUUGAUAAAUACAUGAAGCAAAAUCAUGGCGACAAUCUAACAAAAUUUGAUAAAGUCAAUCUCGAACAUGAUGUAGAUUCCUUAACCUUUAGCGAACGGAACUCUAUCCUAGAAGUGCCAAUUAAACCCUUACACGCAGAAGAAUUCCCAGAUGGUGAACUAUCCACGCAGCUUCGAGAUGCAGAUGAUUUGACGCUACUUAAAAUAAACUACCUUGAGCAAAAGAAUCAUCUGAAGCAGAAAAAGAGAUUGAUAAAUAAGAGGAUCCAUAAUCUGAAAUUGCAAUACAAUGAGAAGAAAGUAAAACUGAUGAGGAAGAUAUCCCAGUCUAAAGGCAAAUAGCUAUCUGUGAAAUUAUUUUUAGAUUUAUUUCCAAGUUUGUGCCGAAUUUGCAUCACUUUGGCGUCAGCCUUAAUUAAAUUAAAUUACUAAAGGUGCGUUUAUGCUUCACGUCGCCGUCACGUCCUCCUCCAAAUCCAAUUUUUUGAUUGGCUAAGCGAAAUUAUCACAACGACCAUUAAAGAUUUUAAAACUUAAUGGUUACCACAUCCAAUAUCUGUAUUUCGUUAAUCUGAAGAAAUUCAUGUGCACAAUUCGAUGUGAUUUCGCCACAAACAAUGUAAUAAUAUUUAAUUUAGUCAUUAAACCCCUCUGUUUAUGAUACGGAUUAUUGCAACUAACAAUGCGAUGGUGUGAAGUGUAACCCUCCGAAUUGGUUGAAAUUUUGGAAUUAUGUGGUCCAAGUCAAUACAAACUACGUUUCUUGAGGCAGUUUGUGCGAUGGUUCGAAUUUGUCUAAAUAUUUGAGGUCAAAGUUGAAAAAUGUGCAAUUUUCCCGUUUGAAGGUAAUGGGAGUGGGGUUUGCUUCCACCGCUUAGUAAAAAUCGCCCAUUUUUUGAACUUUGACAUCAAAUAUUUCGACAAGUUCGAACCAUCGCACAAACUGCCUCAAGAAACGUUGGUUGUAUUGACUUGGACCACAUAAUUCCAAAAUUUCAACCAAUUCGGAGGGUUAGACUUAACACCAUCGCAUUGUAAGUAUUUUGUAAGGUGAAAAAUAGUGAUCAAAAUUAGAUCACCAGCGAGUUAGGACUUAUGAUUUUUAGUAAAAUAUAGUAGAAUAAUGCAAACCUUAUUUACAUAAAUUUGUACCUCGUCGCAUACAGUGUUAUUUUAAAAGAACUUUAAGAUGUUCGAAUUUUUAACAAUGUAACGAUUUGAAAGUAUAAAGUAUGUAUACUGAAAAUAAUAUUUGCACGAUAUUGUCGCAAUUAAUUUUAGUUGCUGGUUAAUUCACAUGUACAUAUUUAUAUGUAUUUAGAUUUUGGGAUUUCAUUAUUUCUCAUUAGUGAUAAUUUAAAACUUACACAAUGAAUUAACAUUUCAGUGAACGGUUGGUUAAUAAAUAGUUAUCUUGUCUAUGUAUGUAUGUAUGCAAAUAUACAUAAGAUGACAGAAGUAG